AUGUAUUCCCUUGCCUAUAAUAUGAUUGUGAACCAUUCUAUUACCGCAUUGGGACUUGGUGCAGGUGCUGGCGUCUCUUCUGACUUGGUUGUGGUAAUAUCUUCAACAAGUGGUGCUGGGGGACUCCUCCGAAUAAUAGUUGGUGCAGGAGCCAGAGAUUGUGAAUGGUGUUUCUUGUGCUUGCGCUUGUGUCUACUUCUCCUGUGCCUGUGGGGAGGAGGUUCUGGCGUGUCAUCUUCGGGUGUUGGUGUUUCAAUCGAAGGCGUUGGUGCAGGUGUUGGCGUGUUACUUAGUGGUGAAGGAACAGGUGAUGGUUUUGGUGCUUUCUUUUUGUGUGCAGGUGCUGGUGCUUCGACUGGUGUUGGGGAUACUUUUGGAGUAGGCAAUAGUGGUGAAUCAGCUGGUGGUAAUGGCAGUGGAGGUGGUGAAAUAGGUGCUUUUUUGGGUGGUUGUGGAGGUGGGAUUUUGGGGGAUGGGGGUUUUGGACUUAAUGCUGGUGUAAUCUUGGGAACAGGUGGCUUCACCGGUGCUAUUUUUGGAGGUGUUGUUUUUGGAACGGGUGGUUUCACUGGAGCUAUUUUUGGAGGUGUAGUUUUGGGAACUGGGGGCUUCACCGGAGUGGAGGUUGGUGGAGCAGAUGUUGGAGAUGUAGCUUUUGGAAUUGGUGACUUCACAGGAGCAGAUGUUGGAGAUGAAGUUUUUGGAACUGGUUGUUUCAAAGGUGCAGAUGUAGUUUUUGGAACUGGCUGUUUCACAGGUGCAGAUGUAGUUUUUGGAACUGGCUGUUUCACAGGAGCAGAUGUUGGAGAUGUAGCUUUUGGAACUGGUGAUUUUACAGGAGCAGAUGUUGGAGAUGUGAAUUUGGGAACUGGGGAUCUCACAGGAACAGAUGAUGUUGGAGAUGUAGCUUUGGGAACUGGUGAUUUCACAGGAGCAAAUGAUGUUGGGGAUGUAGUCUUGGGGACUGGUGAUUUCACAGUUGGAGAUGAAACCUUAGGAAUUGGUGAUUUCACAGGUGCAAAUGAUGUUGGAGACGCAACCUUUGGAACUGGUGAUUUACUAGAAGUGGGAGAGGUUGCUACCGGUGGUUUCCUUGAGGGAAGAGGGGUUACUAUGACAAUGGGUGGUUUUGUGGCAGAAGUGGGGGAAGCUGCAUUUGGCAAUCUGGGGGGUGAAGUUGUGGUUGUUGGUGUUGGCUUGCUAGUUGAAGCGGGAGAAGUUGCUGCUGAUGGUUUCUUCGAAGUGGCAGGAGUUGCAGCAACAACAGGUUGCUGUUUGGUUACUGAUGGUGCAGUUGGAGUUGUGGUUGGCAGUGUAGAAGGUGCAUCUGGGGUUGUUUUUGGCAAUGUAGAAGGUGUAUUUGGGGUUGAAGGUUGCACCUUGGAGGGGGUUGUUGGUGUUUGGGCAUUGAUUGUGGUUAGCGGGUAG